AUGCCAAACACCAGGCGACGCGUCGCCCCAAUCCUCUCAAGUCCCCGUGCCCGGUCUCGAAAGUCCUCCUCCUCCGCACGCCACCCGCACACCUCGUCCCUCUCUCAUUCCACGUAUCACAAUCAAGCCUUUGAAGAUCCGAAGCAUUUCAUUUUGACUACAUUUGACGAACGGAGAGAAAUGGCAUCGACAGCGCAAAUGUCGGUCGACAGGCCGAAGCCGCCGAAGCUGAAUGUCGACGAGUACUUGACCACCGCGCUCGUGGCGACGCCUGCGGAGCUGCACCCGUUUUUUGAGUCGUUCCGGACCCUACACGAGCGCAAGCUCUGGCACCAGCUGACGCAGCAGCUGCUCGCGUUCUUCGACCACCCGCUCGCGCGCCCGUUCCGCGUGGACGUGUUCGACCGCUUCGUGCGCGACUUUGAGGAGCGCGUGAACGCGCUGCGCUUCGUCGAGAUGGGCGUCAAGGUCUCCAAGGACAUCGACAACCCCGCGCACCACAUCGCGUUCCUGACGGACCUCCUGACGCGCAUCAACAAGGAAGCCGCGCCCGACGCGCACGUGCUGCUGCUCGCGACGCUCGCGCACGCGAAGCUCCUCUUCGGCGACGUCGAGGGCACGCGCGGGGACAUCGACGCCGCGUGGGCGGUGCUCGACGAGCUGACGGGCGUCGAGAGCACGGUCAACGCGGCCUACUACGGCGUCGCGGCGGACUACUACAAGGCAAAAGCGGAAUACGCGCCGUACUACCGGAACUCGCUGCUCUUCCUCGCGUGCGUAGACACUGCGACGGACAUGUCCGCAGAGGAGCGGUUGCAGCGCGCGCACGACCUCGGCAUCGCGGCGUUUUUGGGAGACACGAUCUACAACUUUGGGGAGCUGCACCCCGCGCCGGGAUUCAUCUCCGGAGAUUUCGUUUUCAAGUGCCUGCAUGCCGCCUCCCCCAACGAUGGGUCAGAUGAGUGGAUGGCUGGCUGGCCUCGCGAUCCUCUCGCUGUUCCGCAUUCGUCAUUUGUCCUCCAUCACAUCCUCCCCUCUUCCUUCCUUCCUUCUUUCUUUCUUCUCCGGACCCCCGGCGCGCGACCCUGGCAGUAUGAGAAUCGCUCGCAUUCGCGUUUUCCCCGUCCAUCCGUAUCUAAGGUUCUGAUGCAUCCAAUCCUGGACGCGCUGGACGGCACGCCGCACGAGUGGAUCAAGAAGUUGCUGUUCACGUUCAACGAGGGUAAUAUCGGUAAAUUCGAGGCGCUGGCGCCGCUGUUCCCGAAAGAGCCGAUCCUGCAGGAGAACUACCCGUUCCUGCGGCAGAAGAUCUGCCUGAUGGCGCUGAUCGAGUCGGUGUUCAAGCGGAACGCGUACGACCGGACGAUGUCGUUCCAGACGAUUGCGGAGGAGACGCGGCUGCCGCUGGACGAGGUGGAGCACUUGGUGAUGAAGGCGCUGAGUUUGAAGCUGGUGCGGGGGUCAAUAGACCAGGUGGACGCAAAGGCGUCGAUCAGCUGGGUGCAGCCCCGGGUGCUGUCGCGCGGGCAGAUUGGGGAGCUGGCGGGGCGGCUGGAGGGGUGGAACGGAAAGCUGCACGGGGUGGAGACGCGGAUUGCGCCGGAGCUGCUGGUGACGUCUUGAGAGGGAUGGCUGAGAAGUGGUGUACUGCGACCGCUCUGCUUGUUCUCCGUUCCCCGCCAUCACCCGUCCCAUCCCCACACUCGCCCUCGCCCACCGCAUCUGCCGCGAUGUCCAAGCACCCAAAGGCCCCGCCAUCGUCCACAUUCUCCUUCACAGCGCCCUUCCCGACCUCGUCCACCGCCGCGUCUGCCACCGCCGCCGCCCCACACAAGCAGCGGCGCGUCUCCCUCGCCCUCCCGUCCUCCCCGCGCCAGGUCCCCGCAUGGACCUUCCGCGACGACACCGGCCUCGACCCCCGCGCACCCCACGAGCCCCGUGGAAAGAUGCGCAAGCUCGCCAGCGGCGAGAGCUCCCGCGCCGCCGCCCUCUCGCCCUCGCCCCCGCCCCCUCCGCCUGAGAAGAAGGCGCGCAAGAAGUGGACCAUGGAGGAGACACACAUGCUCGUCGAGGGCUGCAAUCGCCAUGGCGUCGGCAACUGGAAGGCGAUCCUGCACGACCCCUCUCUCCACUUUGAUCACCGCUCGCCCGUCGAUCUCAAAGACAGGUUCCGCACCUACUUCCCCGACGCAUACAAACAGCACUACCCCAACGCCAAAACACACCUCUCCUCCAAGGUUCGCUCCGCCCUCCCUGACGGCUCCUCCAUCUUCGAAAAAACACGCUCCAAGAAGCGCCGCCCGUUCACCGAGGAGGAGGACCGCGCGCUCAAGGCUGGCUACGACAAGCACGGCACCGUCUGGGCCACCAUCGUCAAGGACCCCAUCUUCCAGGAGCAGAACCGCCGCUCGACCGACCUCCGCGACCGCUUCCGCAACGCGUUCCCCGCGCUCUACCAGGCCGCGGGAUACAAGCCCCGCAACACCGCCAAGAAAAAGGACGCGAGCCCCCCGACGCCUGCGCGCGCCGCGACCGACGAGCAGCUCCCCGCCGCGCGCGAGACGGGCCCGGCGCGCCGCAAGCGGCGCCACACGACCCAGGGGUUUCUGAGGGGCGGGACGAAGAGCGUCCCGCAGAGCGCAACGUGUUCCGAAGAUGAGGCCAGCUCGGCCGAGGACGAGUCGCCGGAGGCGCAGCCCGCAGGGUCACCCCAGAAACAGUCGCCACUAGACGUCAAGGACGGCCUUCUCGCGCUCUCGCCCGCGACGCCCGAGCUCGUCGAGGAGAUGCCCCCGCCCGUAGACAUGCUCGCCGAGGUCGACAUGCAGCACGAGGUCGACAUGCACGACGACGUGGACCUGCAGACCCUCGACCCGCUCGCGUUGCGCGACUUCCUUCCCGGCUCGUCCCAGUCGCUCUCCGAGAUGACCGACUCGUCCCAGUCCCAGUCCCAGGGCUGGUCCUCGCUCGACACGCCCAUGCAUUCCACCUGGUCGAGCGCCAACACCGCCGGCUCGCCCGCCUCCGCGCACGACCUCCUCUUCGACUCGCCCUUUUCCCGCCGCGGCGCGGGCGGCAUGGUCAUGAUCGGCAAGUCCGCCUGGGGCCCGUCCGACUGGCUCGCGGGCAACCCGCGCCUCGACCCGUCCGCGUCGAGCAGCUCGCCCUCCUACUUUGGCGGCGUGUCCCCCGCGCCGUCGUCCCCGUUCUCGCUUGCGCAGCUCAGCCACGGCGUGCUCGACCGCUACGACCUCUUCCCGCCCGCGCUCGGCCACGACUUUGCGUCCGAGGUCGGCAUCGGGGACACGCACUCGGCCUUCUCCGACCCCGAGACGCGCACGGCGGGCGCGUUCCGCGGGUUCACGCAUCACUCGAGCUACGCGGGCGACCUCAUCUUCGGCGCGCGCUCGCACCAGCCGCAGGGGGCGGACUACGGCCUCGGGUUCGGGUUCGGCGGCGCGGGGCUCGGGCUGUCGGGCAUGCAGCCGCAGCACCACCAGCCGCCACAGCCGCCGCCCGCGGGGCUGCACCCGAUGCAGCUGCACACGCCGGCGCUGCCGGGCAUCGACGAGCUCGAGCUGACCGCGAUCACGCUGCACGACGGCGAGCCUGCGGCCGCGGCGGUGCGCGGGUCCCGUGUGGAGGAGAGCGACGCGAUGGACGAGGACAUGCGCGGCGCGCUCGAGCUCGGGCUCGGGCUCGAUGCGGGCGACGUGCCGCCGCUGCCGCUGCCGCACCCGAUGGACGACUACGCGGACCCGGCGGCGGGCAUCGGGCUCCCGCGGCAGACGCUCGAGGAGAUCAUCGGCCUCUCGUCGUCCGCGUCGUCCGCGGGCUCGUCGCUGCACCGCUGCGGAAGGGAGCGCGAGUUCGACGAGCGGGAGGACGCGGACCACGAGAUCGUCGACACGCCGCCGAGCACGCCCGUGCGCCCGCGCGCGAGGGGCGGCGGCGCCGCGGCGCAGCAGCAGCAUAAUCGGUCGCUGUCCGUGCCGCCGCCUGAGCAUCGCUUUCAGCACGCGCUUGCUACGCAGUCGCAUACCCCCGCGCCCUACCCCCACUCGCACUCACACUCGCACGGGCACGGGCAUUCGCACAGCUCCUCGUUGGCCUCGCACCAGCACCAGCACCAGCACCAUCACCAGCACCAUCACCAGCACACACACGCGCCGCUCACGCCGACGCGCUCGCUCUCGCUCGACCUGAACGCGUGCAGCGCCGCAGCAGCCGCGGCCAGCGGCGGGGCCGGCGACGGCGAGGCCGCGAGCACGUCCGCCGAGUCGGCGCUGCGCGAGCUGCUGCAGGGCACGGACCCGUGGCGCGUGUACGGCGGCGCGCUCGGGCUCGGGCUCGGCGGGAUGCACGACGUCGCGUACCUGGACCUGCCGUUCUCGUACUACGGCGCGGCGGAGGGCGGCGGCGGCGGGUGCGCGAACGGCGCUUGUGGAGGCGGUGGGGGGUUGGAGCUCGGGGAGGAUGGCCAGAGGGCGAGGCAGGGCUUGGCGCUGGAUUUGGCGGCGCCGCAGAUGCAGGUGUGUGGGGCGAGUGGGGCGGGCGGGGGUGGGGGUGGAUCUGGGGCGCUGGGGUGGUUGGGAGGUGGAGGCGGCAAGGCGAUGUCGGGGCUCGCGUCUGCGGGCGCGGGCAAGGCGCACGUGCACCAUCGAGGGCUGAGCGCGGUGUCGCCUCAGGAUCUGCUGUUGAGGAAGGGGAGCGGGGAUCAUAAGCGGAAGCGGGCAAGCUGGGACGGGGGGCCGCGGUGA